CGCUGCCUUCCUCUGGUGGGCGCCAGCUGCCGCUUAGGCCUGAGCGAGAGCCGACUUCGGGCGGGCGCAGCUGCAGCCUGAGCGCCAGCGGGGGCUGGUGGGCCCCGCUCUCUUGUUUUUCUCACCACCGCGCCCACGGACAUGGUGGCCCUUGGCUCUGUGACCAGCCGACUGGGCUCGGUGUUCCCCUUCCUGCUUGUCCUAGUGGACCUGCAGUACGAAGGUGCUGAAUGUGGAGUAAAUGCAGACGUUGAGAAACAUCUCGAAUUGGGCAAGAAAUUACUUGCAGCUGGACAGCUGGCUGAUGCCUUAUCGCAGUUUCACGCUGCAGUAGAUGGUGACCCAGAUAACUAUGUUGCUUACUAUCGGAGAGCUACUGUCUUUUUAGCUAUGGGCAAAUCAAAAGCAGCCCUUCCCGAUUUAACUAAAGUGAUUGAAUUGAAGAUGGAUUUCACUGCAGCAAGAUUACAGAGAGGUCACUUGUUACUGAAACAAGGAAAACUUGAUGAAGCAGAAGAUGAUUUUAAAAAAGUGCUCAAAUCUAAUCCAAGUGAAAAUGAAGAACGGGAAGCCCAGUCCCAACUUGUAAAAUCUGAUGAAAUGCAGCGUUUGCGUGCCCAAGCCCUUGAUGCUUUUGAAAACGCAGAUUAUAUUGCUGCUAUAACCUUCCUUGAUAAGAUUUUAGAGGUUUGUGUGUGGGAUGCUGAGCUACGGGAACUUCGAGCUGAGUGUUUCAUAAAAGAAGGGGAGCCUAGGAAAGCGAUAAGUGACUUGAAAGCUGCAUCAAAAUUGAAGAAUGACAACACUGAGGCUUUUUAUAAAAUCAGCACACUGUACUAUCAGCUCGGAGACCAUGAGCUGUCCCUCAGUGAAGUUCGUGAAUGUCUUAAACUUGACCAGGAUCAUAAAAGGUGUUUUGCACACUACAAACAAGUAAAGAAACUUAAUAAGCUGAUUGAGUCAGCCGAAGAGCUCAUCAGAGAUGGCCGAUACACAGAUGCGACCAGCAAAUAUGAAUCUGUCAUGCAAUUAGAGCCUAGUGUUUCUGAAUACACAAUUCGUUCAAAAGAAAGGAUUUGCCACUGCUUUUCUAAGGACGCGAAGCCUGUUGAAGCUAUUCGAGUGUGUUCUGAAGUUUUACAGGUGGAACCUGACAACGUGAAUGCGCUGAAAGAUCGGGCAGAGGCCUAUUUAAUAGAAGAAAUGUAUGACGAAGCUAUUCAGGAUUACGAAACCGCUCAGGAACACAAUGAAAAUGACCAGCAGAUUCGGGAAGGUCUGGAGAAAGCACAAAGACUACUGAAACAGUCACAGAAAAGGGAUUAUUAUAAGAUCUUGGGAGUAAAAAGAAAUGCCAAAAAGCAAGAAAUCAUUAAAGCAUAUAGAAAAUUAGCGAUGCAGUGGCACCCAGAUAACUUCCAGAAUGAAGAAGAAAAGAAAAAAGCUGAGAAGAAAUUCAUUGACAUCGCGGCUGCGAAGGAGGUCCUCUCCGACCCAGAAAUGAGGAAGAAGUUCGACGACGGAGAAGACCCCCUGGACGCCGAGAGUCAACAAGGCGGUGGCAACCCUUUCCACAGAAGCUGGAACUCAUGGCAGGGGUUCAAUCCCUUCAGCUCAGGCGGACCUUUUCGAUUUAAAUUCCACUUCAAUUAAGCCAGCUGGAGGGUUUUUUUGGUGUUUUUUUUUUUCUCUUUUUCCUUAAUUUUUUUAAAGAUUAAAAAAAGGAAACGUUCCAGGAUCCUAAUGAAAAAAAAAAAUCCAAAUCUUUUAGUUUGUCGAUGACCAAAGAAUUGUUUUAAUAAGAAAAAUCAGUUUUCACCCACCUUAGACUUGAGGUUGAUGGGUUUUCUGGCAGGGAAGUGAGGAGUGUCCGGCAGAGCUGCCCGCGUGGGCCGUGCCCGGUGCUCGCUGGGCCCCCACGCGGGGCCUGGAGGAGUCGUUUUCCUCACAGCCUUACGGAGCAGGUCAGUGCCUGCGUGCAGGAGGAGCUGUGUGUAUCUUCACGGGAAUGCAUUAUAGUCCAGUGUUCUUAAAGAGAAUGGUAACAUUUGAGCUGUAUGUUCUUAGGGACGAUGUUUAGACUUCGGUCGGUCCAGUCACUUGCAAAUGUUAAGUUACAGAGCCUCCGUUCACCCACACACAUGUGCACUUCCCUGCUGGCACGCAGGUGGCUGUCGCCGGAGGAGGGCAGAACUCAUGUUUCAGAGAAGCUGCCCCACGUGGUGGUCGACGUAGCCAGGAGUAGACUUCGGAUGGAUGCCAGGCGUAUGCUUUGAAUUUUUUUGUUGUUCAGUACCUUCAAGAGAAUACUAAAUACCACUGAAAUUAACUGUAAAACCUAUGGACCCUUUUGUUUAAUAUGAAACAACAGAUUAACUGAAAAGUUAUGUACAAAAAUGGUUCAGAUAAUAUAACGAUGGUUUUAUUUCAAAUAAUUGUGCUGAAGUGCAGAGUGAAUUACUUCAACACCUGAAACUGUGAGUCCCACAGAAUUUCCUCAACCGGGAUCAUCUUAAACGUGUGAAGUCGCUCAGUUACCAUGAACCGAAGGCCCUCCUCCUCACUGUUAAUAAAGGCAGCAGGCGGCUCCCCCUACCUCCGGGCCGACCCUCGGGGACUGUGGAAGCUCCCGCGGGGGCCUGUUUCGGGGGGCACGACACAGCAGACCUGCCCCGUCCCCGGACUGCAACGCCACUCUGUGUUCUUCAGCCUGAAAACCACACACGUUUACACACCGAGGCGGCCCUGGCCGUCUCUCCGUGGGAGACCGUUGUCAUGCCUUUUAAGAAGUUAACUAUUCGACCUUUGUAUAUUCGAUGAUUUUUCCCUAAAAAAGGAGUAUUUUAAUCAGGAACAUUAAAUAUUUAUGGAACUACUGAUACUGCAUUUAAAUUCUGAGAGAAUUACUUUAGGUAAGAAUUACUACCUUUAUUCUGGAAAGGUUUUUCUGUUUGCCUCAGAGCAUGUUGAAGCAUUUUAAGCAGUAUGAGCCCAAUAUGUUUUUAUGAAAUCAUUUUAAUUUUACUUUUACGGGGCAUCCUACCAGUAAUGUCCACAACAGCCAAGCACAAGUUGUUUUCUUCUUCAGUCAUCCUGAAACACGUGGAAACAUUUUUUUCAAACUGAGAGAAAUCACAUUGUUGAGUUAGGUAAAACAAGUAAGUGCUUUUGCAUCUAUUUAGAAGUCUAUUUCUUACCAAUAAACAUAACAAUGCAUUUUGAAAACUAGUGAACAGCUUGUAGCUUUCAUUUUGUUUUAAUGUCCCAAAAUUCAAGCUAAUGUGAAAAUAGAAAGGAAAUUCAUUUUUGUUUGUUUAAUCUCAGUAGUCAUUACUUCAUUAGCUGCAUCAGAUUUUUUUCCAACCCUCUUUUGUCUGUAUUGCCACUGUGACCUCUUUGAAAUGGAGCAUGGCCACCACCUACUUCCAAACAAUUUCCACUCACAAUCGGAACAAAGCAAGUGUCGAGUCACCCACCCGCCUGCGCACUCCGAGGAGAGGGUGACAAGCUGCCUGUGGGAGCCGGAGGGGUCGGGGCUGGCACCGGGGCCACCUGCCCACUGCAGCUCCGAGGGUGGUUUACACUUCUGGUUUUCUCCACUUGUAAUAACCAUAAUUCCUGCUCGUGGAAUCUUACCAUGGGUUUAAUUCAGUCUUCACUGAAACGUGCAGCUACUUGCCUGUUUUCAGUGAAGAGACAGUAAAUGCUUUGAUGCCAAGUGCCAACACCACCGAGAGAAAUUCUUCAGAAUUUGUCACUUUGCUGGUUCUUGAAGAAAACAGCGUCCUUUAAGUUCCCACCUUGAUGGGCAUCGGCAGCCUCCUGGGAGCCACCUGCAUGGACAGACAGUAACCCGUCUCCCCACAGUAUGGAGAACAACAGGGCCGUGGAGGGGGAGGUGGUCAGCCUGUGACGGAAGCGGCGACAGGGCAAGCGCUCGGCCUCUUUGGGCUGCUGUCACUGACCAUUCUCUAGUCCCUCUGUGGAGAUGGUAGUGCCCUUCACGGCUCUUUGUGGAAAAGCAAAUUCAGAGGGGCAGUGCCCUUACCUGAGGUGCGUUCCCUUCUCAAGGCCGUCCCUCCGGUGAGCUCCAGAGCGAAGCAUCUCAGGUCUGCUCAUCGUGGGCGUUUGCCAUGGCAGCAAGUGUUAGACCCAUCAGCCUGUAAAUGGGAAAAUAUUCUAAAAAGAGAGAAUAAAUUAAUUUAUUACUCACCUCUGAAAGUUUGUGUUUUACCACACAUAAAUGAAAACUCGAAAGCAACUUUAACAGUUUGUUGACGAGAAUUGGAUGUAAUCUAAUGCUAAUUUUGAACUGUCUCACUCUUUAGUCAGUAUUAAAAGUUUCUUUUAAAUAUCAACAUGCAAACAGAACUUUUUUGGCACUCUGGUAAUGGAAUGUAAACUACCCACAAAUUUUUAAAGAGAAAAGUGCCGAUAACCGAGCAGGGAAAAAGUUAAUAGGCUCACAAUUGGAAAUUGGUACCAUUUUCUAUUCAUGUUAGAAAAUGAAAGAUUCCGCUUUUAAAGACAUGAAAUUUGUCAGAAGUGGCAUAUGAGGUUUACUGUGAGGAAGAAAAAAAAAUGCAUGAGAUGCUUAAGGUACAGAUGGUCCUCAGUCGGGGUUUUGGAGCCCGUUCCCCAGAAGGCACAGGACGCCGGCUACAGGCCUUGCAGCAGGUUUUCUCCCAGGACACAGCAGCAUAACAUGGAGGUUCAUGCAGCUUUGCUGGAGGUAAUUUACUUUUCCAAAUUAAUAAAGGAAGGAAGAAGGCAAAUGCUAACUUGUCAACCCAUAAUACCUUUAUUCUAAAUCAGAUCAUUCCUUUUAAAGUAGCAGAGUUUAUUCUGUAACUGCAAAUACUGUUAAUAGGUGGGGACAUUUUUUUUAUGGAUGAUCUCAUUUGCUGAAUGAUUUAAGAGUAAAAUUAGCCACUGCGUGGCUUUGUGUGUCGUGACCGGUUUUGUUGCAGUCGUCUGUGGUGGAGCCUCUCACCUGCAGCGAAAGCAGAGCGCGGAGAAUGUAAGAACUGGGGACAUUCGAGAAGUUCAAAUACGACUCCUACAUGAAGGCUGUGUAGCUGGUUUUGAAUGAGACAAGACUACGUAACUUAAUCCCUCUCAAUUUAGUGUUUUAAUAAUCAAAGGAACUGAAAAUUAAAAUGGGUCUCAGACAUGUCUGCACAUCUGGGCACUAUUUUUAUGCCCUUGUAUUUUCACAUUUAAUAAAAAUAUUUAUGGUCAAAAUCAGUACUUUUUUGCU